AUGCGGAAGGAGAUAGGUAAAGCCAAUGACCAGAAGAACCAAGCCAUAGCCCUCAUGGAACAGGCCGAGUGUGAUAUUUCUCAAGCUUGUGGAUAUGCAGAGUGGACGAAAUUACAAGAGGUAUUAGCUCCUCAGUAUCGACUGAAAAUAUUUCAGUUCAAGUCUACUUCGACUAAACUCACCUUAGAGCGCAUCUUCAAAGGCUGGGGAGAUGGAACUUGUUUGAACAUUUUGUUAGACGACCAUCAUUACGAUGCCAUCCUAUCCAUGCCGGGAGUGACGGGGAACCAAUAUUACUGUGAUCAUUGCGACGUGGGGUACAGGAAUGUCACAGACCAUCGCUCCAAGUGUCCUCAUCGCUGUCCCUAUUGUUUAGGACAACACCCUAAAUGUCCCGAUGAAGGGAUCGAGAUUAAAUGCCAGGAAUGCCAUGGAAUGUUUAAGAACAGGACCUGCUACGAAAAUCAUUUAAGACCCCAUAGUAAGAAGACCACCACUACUGUCUGCAAUUUAAUGGAACAAUGCGAGAAGUGUCAGUCCUGGAUACCUAAGAAAUUAUUCCCUCAUCACAAGUGCGGAGGACAGAAACAGUGUAAGAUCUGUAAGAAAAUCGUCGAUACCGAUCAUCAGUGCUACGUACAACAGAAGCCCCAGAAGAAGAAGAAGGGGAAAGACACCUUACAGUUUUACAUCUAUUUCGAUUUCGAAUGCACUCAGGAAACCGGCAUUCACAUCCCUAAUCUUAAGAUCUUGUACAUGGAAAUAUGCGGACUGAAAUUCAUCGACUCGUAUAAUUUCUUACCGUUUGCAUUGGCCAAGAUGCCCUCCGCUUUCGGAUUCGACGAAUUGAAGAAAGGCUAUUUCCCCCACUUUUUUAAUACGGAACAGAACCAGAAUUACGUAGGACCUUAUCCACCGGCAGCUUUCUACAAUCCGGACGAAAUGUCUAUCAGUGGACGACGGGCUUUUUUUGAAUGGUACGAACAACAGAGGGGAAAAGUGUUUGAUUUCCAGAAAGAGUUUGUAGAGUAUUGUGUCUCGGACGUCGACAUUUUACGCCGAUGCUGUGCAAAGUUUAGAGCCACCCUCAAGAGUUUGGUCAAUGUGGACCCUUUCCAGGAAUCCAUCACUUUUGCCAGUGCUGCUAAUUUAGCCUACCGUCGACAAUUCAUGCCUGAAGACACCAUUGCCAUCAUUCCGAACCUCGGGUAUCAACCGGCACGACAAUAUUCGGCUAAAGCCUGUCGGUGGCUCACCUGGAUGAGUCAACAGACUGGAUGUCACAUACAACAUGCCAGAAACGGGGGCGAAGUCCAGAUCGGAAAUUAUACCGUCGACGGAUACCAGGAAGCGACUCGCACCGUCUACGAAUUUUACGGGUGCUAUUGGCACGGAUGCCCCACCUGCUAUCCCAGUUUACAGACCGAAACUCAUCCUCAUCGGACCCAAUAUACUUACCAGCAAUUACACGAAGAAACCCUCAGAAGGACUUGCGAUUUAGAAAACAUGGGGUAUACCGUCCGUGGUAUCUGGGAGCACGAUUUCGAUCAGCAAGUGCAAAAAGAUGAGAGUUUACAGCAAUUUGUAGGAAACCUGGACAUUCCGGAUCCUUUGAAACCUCGAGAAGCCCUGUACGGAGGUCGGACCAAUGCCACCCGAUUAUAUUGUGAGGAAGGGGACAUGAGAUACGUGGACGUUUGUUCCCUAUACCCUUACGUGUUGAAACACAGACCUUUUCCCGUAGGGCAUCCCGAGAUCAUCACAGACGAGUUCCAGGACGUGAGAAAUUAUUUCGGUCUCAUUCACUGUCGGGUCUUACCUCCCCGAGACCUCUAUCACCCCGUAUUACCUUAUCGGACGGGAGGCAAGUUAUUAUUUCCCUUAUGUCGCACGUGUGCCGAACGACAGGACUCUACUUCUCAAGAUCGAUGUCAACACACCGACCAGGAACGUAGUCUCACGGGUACUUGGGUGACGACCGAAUUACAUAAAGCCCUAGACAUGGGAUAUACCUUAGAUCGAAUCUACGAAGUGUGGCAUUUUAAAGAAAGCAGUCAAGAGUUAUUCAGAUCUUACAUCGAUACCUUCCUCAAGAUCAAACAGGAAGCGUCCGGAUUUCCCCCCGACUGUAAGACCUCAGAACAAGAACAAGAUUACAUUCGACAAGUGUUAUACAAAGAAGGAUUCAUGAUGGACAUUCUCAGUAUCGAGAAGAAUCCAGUGAGAAGAACCAUUGCUAAACUCUUUUUAAAUUGUCUGUGGGGAAAAUUUGCUCAACGCUUGUUAUUACCCAAAACCAGAUACUUGGACGAAGAAGAGGAAUUACAGCAACUCUUACAAGAUUCGACUCUCGACAUCAAGGGCAUGCAACUCUUAGACAAUAAAGAGAACCCCAAUGAAGACAAGAUGCUAGUGAAUUAUCAAGACAAACAGGAAUUCGUCGAAGAAUGUCCCUUUGGAAACGUGGUCCUGGCUUGUUUUACCACCGCGCAUGCCCGCUUACACCUCUACGAGACUUUACAACCUUUAGGAGAUCGGGUCCUUUAUUUCGAUACGGACAGUAUCAUUUACCAACAUCGGGAAGGAGCCUUUAAUCCUACCUUGGGUAAUAGUUUAGGAGAAUGGACCGACGAAUUAGACGGGGAUCACAUCAUCAAAUUCAUGUCGGCAGGCCCUAAAAAUUAUGGUUACCGGACGGCCAAAGGAACCGAGGUUCAUAAAGUCAAAGGAAUCACUCUCAACUAUCGUACCUCCCAGAUCGUGUCCCUAGAGACUUUAGAAAAAAUGCUCAAAGGAGAAAUAGAGGAAGUCACAGUAACUUAUCCCAACAAAAUCCAGAGGACUCGUGAUCAUGAGCUCGUGACCAAACCAUUAGAGAAAAAGUAUAGAAUUGUAUAUGAUAAGAGACAAUUGUUACCCUCUUAUAACACUUUACCUUAUGGUUAUUGA